CGUGGAGGGGAGGCUCCGUCGUCCUCUACACUGUCUAUCCAAUGAGACAAAGGAAAUAUGCAUUUACAUAUCUCUUCUAAUCCCUUCUCCACCAAUUAUCAUUCAUCUCCCACAUGGGACUCUCUACCCCACACACUCCAUAUAAUUCCUUCAUAUAUGCUACAUAAAUAAUGAAUUUUUCCCUUUUAUACAUUCAAUUCCUCACCUAUCAACUCAACCAUUAUACUAGCUAUGGGGGAUUCUUCUUCUUCUUCUUCUACAUAUAUACAUAUGGUGCAGCAUUUGAUAGAGAAGUGUUUGAUCUUCCACAUGACAAAAGAGGAGUGCAUGGAAGCUCUCUCCAAGCAUGCAAACAUAGAGCCAGUCAUAACUGCAACUGUAUGGAAAGAGUUAGAGAAAGAAAAUACAGAGUUCUUUGCGGCAUAUGCUCAAUCUCAAACAAAAUCGGACCGAAUGUCGCAAGCAGAGACAAGUGCAGUGAUCGAGAAAAUAAUCUCAAAUCGCGACAAGUAAUUAUAAACCGGAUUUGAUGAGCGUCCUUGCAUUUGUAUAUAGGCUUUGUUGGGUAAUUAAGAAUAAAGUUGUCAAGAAAAAGUUCAGUUGGGAAAUGGGAAUUGAAUAAUACGGAGUAUAAUGAAUCCAAGUGAAGGGUGAGAUUAGAGAUUAUCUUGAUGGAAUUUUUGAGUUCUAAAAUGUUACUACAAAAAAUUGGCACUCGGAGUUUAGUGUGUUGGGGAAAUAAACACUAUUUGUUUCUUCGUACAUUCAUUCCGUCUUCCCCUACAUCCAAAUUCAAUCAAUUAUAGUUUAUAAGUACAAUGGUCCCUUCAUGCUUCCUGGAUGUUAUUACUCUGGUCCACUACAAUAUCUUACAAAAUUCGUGUAGUUCAUUUGUAAUCUAGUCAUCAAUGUAUGUAAUGCAUAUCACAAUGGACGUGUUAUGGA